AUGCCUCUGCAAAAGUCGUAUUCUGAUCAAGUCGGCCGGAUUAAGCGCUCGCCAUGGCAACGAUCGAGAAGCAACCCUGUUCAAACACCAAAGCCACGAGCACCAGUAUCCGAGGUUACCAAGAACAAGCUCAACAAGUUUCAAUAUCAUCCGAAAUCCGAAGACGAGGAAAGCAAGGAAUCUGCACCCCAAGUGCAAGAAACACCUGCCACUCACCUGACCUGGAGAGAUCUGCUUGGACCUACAGGUACCGAAGAUGAGAACAACACUUCGCCAAACGACCGACUGCUCUGGGAUAGCAGGCCGGAUAAUCUCUACCUUUCCGCCUUGUCUCCCAUGAUGUCUAGGAAGGGACGAAAACGUGCCAGAAGUUCAUCUCCAGUCUCGUCGCCCGCCCCUGAAAAGACCCCUUCCGUCAACGUCAAGAAGUUGGCACAAGCCUUAAAGUCACCGCAUGCAGAUCCGACGCUUGAGCUUUGGGACCGAUACUCUUUAAACUCCGAGAACGCCCCUGGACUCACCAAUCCCACAUUAGCACAGUUGAUGGUUUCUUCAUCGCCAAGACCAAAGCCGAACGAAGCCAACCUCCGACGAGCAAUAAGUUGUGGCCUAAACUGGCCAAAAAGGAGAAGAGUGGAGAGAUCGACAUCAGGAAGUCUCAACAGUGAGAAAGAGAUGGAAGCCAAGUCUUCCUUGGUGACUGCUCUGCUCGAUACGGUGACUAGUAGCAUCAACGGGAACGAUCAGUCUCCUUCUCCCAAAAAGAGGCGGAUAUGUGCCACUAGCACAGGCUCUCCGCGACCUAAGGCACCGUCUUCUGAUUACGGCGAUGAUGAUUUUGACGAUUUUGACGACGAUACCAUAAUGCAGCUCGAAGCGAGCAUCAACGCGACCCAGCUGGAUCACAAGGAAGAGCCUGAGCUCCCAGCCCAACCAUUGGAGAGGAAACAGGACGAACCGGAGGCAGAAAAACCGGCAGACACCCCAGACAAGCUUGAUGAGUUUGAUGACUUGGACGAUGACAUCUUUGACGACGCUGAGGACCUCCUUACCUCUGUGGAACAGGCCCAAACCAUUACCCCCGUGGACCCCGACCCAGAUGACGAGUUUGGUGACCCCUUUGGCGGCGACUUUGACUUUGAGGCCGUGGAACUCGCAGCAACCCAAGCAGUUAACUGCCCGGACAGACGGAAAAAGACAAUUCAGCGAUACCUGGUGACGAAUGUGUUGGAAGGAGAAUAUAUGGAAGGGCAUGCCCGACCGGAAAAGAUCCUUCUUAUCCAAGCAGACAACUCCAAAGAGAUGAGGACUCUCCAUCUCAGGGGUUCGUGGUAUGACACGCCAGCUCAUCCGCAGGCUUACGUCCACGUUAUUGGCAACUUUACACCAAGAGGGCAAUGCAUCAUUGAUGAUGCCCAUAACCUCCUUAUUCUACACCCCGAUCAGCUUAUAUCGGCAACCGUGGUGGCUGACUCUUUUGGUUGCAUGCGUCGUGCUGUGCUUCAAGACCGAGUCAAAGCCACAAGUCCCCCAACGCCGCCACUUAUCUAUGGAACCAUGCUUCACGAGAUAUUUCAAGAGGCACUCUUGGCCAACAGAUGGGAUCUCCCAUUCUUGUGCUCGGUUAUUGAUCGAAUCACGGACAAGCAUGUCGAGGAUCUAUAUACCAUCAAGGUUGGUCUGGCAUCAGCCAGAGAGCAUCUUCAGUCAAAGAUGAACGAGCUUAGUUACUGGGCUGGUGCUUUUGUCUCCUCCCAGCCAACAGAGGAUGCUGUCAUCGAGGAUCGAAACGGAAAAAAGGCCAACAUGGCUGUCACCAAGUUGCUGGAUGUCGAAGAGCACGUCUGGUCACCAAUGUACGGACUCAAAGGCAAUAUUGACGCGACAGUCGAAGUUGCAAUGCAAGACGGUAAAGAUUUCAAGACUUUGGCUGUCCCAUUUGAAGUCAAAACUGGCAAACACGCAAACAGCAACCACAUGGCACAGACUGCCCUUUAUACACUUUUACUAUCAGACCGGUACGACAUUGAGAUCGCUUACGGUAUUCUUUACUACAUGGAGACGUCGAAAACGAUGCGCAUCCCCGCUAUCCGACAUGAACUUCGGCACAUGAUUAUGCAACGCAACCAGUUAGCAUGCUACGUCCGAGAGAGAAGCGUUCAAUUACCCCCGAUGCUCAAGAGCAAGCACAUGUGUGGAAAGUGCUACGCCAAGACAUCGUGUUUCAUCUAUCACCGACUAGCAGACGACGGCGAUGGGGAGUCUAGCGGGAUGAAUGAAAAGUUUGACGAACUGGUCAAGCACCUCACUCCAGACCACAAGGAAUUCUUUGUCAAGUGGGAGAAUCUUCUCACCAAGGAGGAAAAGGAGAGCCAAAAAACAAAACGAGAACUCUGGACAAUGACAAGCGCUGAGCGAGAAAAGAAGUCGCGGUGCUUUGGCGAUGUCAUUAUUGAAGAGGGUUCAGCGUCUGUUGAUACUGACAACCCAAAGAUUAACCGCUUCCACUACACUUUUGUGAAGCAGAACCAUCCCGCAGGAUUCUCAUUCCUCGAAUCGGAGCUGACGGUUGGAGAGCCAAUUGUGGUUUCUGACGAAGAGGGACACUUUGCGCUGGCCAUUGGCUACGUCACGGCAGUCAAGAGACGAAGAAUCAGCGUGGCGGUUGAUCGAAGACUACACAAUGCACGAAUUCGACAACCAGGUUUCGACGAGAACGAUAACCAGACCUUUGCUAGCAUCAUGGAGGUUGCCCACGAGGGAGCUACCCAGGAUGAGACUCAUGGCAAGAUCAAGGAGCCGCCAAUCCGAUACCGACUGGACCAAGAUGAGUUUAGCAACGGAAUGGCGACUGUCCGGAAUAACCUAGUUCAGAUGAUGGCCGACGAUAUCUUUGGGUCGAGACAGAUCCGACGACUUAUUGUUGACCUCCAAGCCCCACGAUUCAAGAGUGUUCCAACACAGUAUACCAUAUCAGAUCGAGACAGCCUCAACGUUGACCAGCACCGGGCCAUCGAAAAGGUCAUGAGCGCUCAAGACUAUGCUCUCGUUCUGGGAAUGCCGGGAACUGGCAAGACGACAACCAUUGCCCACAUCAUCCGCGCUCUGACGUCUCAGGGGAAGAGUGUCCUCCUCACUUCGCACACCCACACGGCUGUCGACAAUAUUCUGCUCAAGCUCAAAGGAGACAAGAUACCUAUCCUCCGCCUCGGAGCCCCUGCCAAGGUGCAUCCCGAAGUCCAAGAGUUUGCCAUCCUUGCAGGGCAGCCUAUGAAGACGUUUGACGAAAUCAAGGAUGCCUGGCACGGUACACCAAUUGUCGGGACGACGUGUCUUGGUAUCAACCAUCCCAUCUUUCACGAGCGUACUUUUGACUACUGCAUCGUGGACGAGGCAUCUCAAAUCACCCUGCCAAUUUGUGCUGGGCCUAUCCGGAUGGCUCGCACAUUUGUCCUUGUGGGCGAUCACAACCAGCUUCCUCCAGUUGUGAGAAACGAAGAAGCACGCGAAGGAGGCCUUGAUGUCAGUCUGUUCAAGCUUCUCUCAGACACCCAUCCGCAGUCGGUUGUCAACCUGGAACACCAAUACCGCAUGUGCGAGGAUAUCAUGACUCUCAGCAACACUCUUAUUUACAAUGGCAAGCUCCGAUGCGGCACGGAGAAGCUUCGCAAAAGAAAGCUCGACAUUCCCAGAAUGGACGCUCUCAAGCAGCGACACUAUGAUGCAUCAACCUUUCACGCCGCCACUCCUCGAUCGUUUUGCGCUGCACCGGGCCGAUGCUGGCUAUAUGACCUCCUUGAGAGCGAAGCUCGCGUGCGAUUCAUCAACACCGACACUAUUUUGCCACAGGUCCGCGAGGAGGCUCAAGGCAAGCGUAUUGUCAACUCGGCUGAGGUCCGCAUCGUUUCUCAACUGGUCGACAGUCUUUUGACAGUAGGAGUUCCGGAGUCCGAGAUCGGUGUCAUGACACAUUACCGAGCGCAGCUAUUCCUGCUCAAAGAAAAGCUCAAAGGGUAUGCCGGAGUCGAGAUGCACACGACAGACCGCUUCCAGGGACGAGACAAGGAGGUGAUCGUUUUGAGUCUGGUGCGAAGCAACGAGGCCUGCAACAUUGGCGACCUGUUGAAGGAUUGGAGGAGAAUCAACGUCGCCUUUACCCGCGCAAAGACGAAGCUCCUCGUGAUUGGAAGCAAGACGACGCUCAAAGGCAGCGGCAGCGAGAAUAUGCUCAGCAGAUUCAUCUCGCUGAUGGAGGAUCGAAACUGGAUUUAUGACAUGCCCCCUGACGGACUCGAGAACCACUAUUUCGAGGACAUGGGCACACAACUCACGACACACAGCCCACAAAAGAAGACGCCCAGGAAGGGCAAGGAGAAUCGGAGGCCAUCACCCAGAAAGGCCAGGAUCAGCGACAAGGCGUUAUUAAAGGGGAAACUGAUUACGAGGGAUAUCUUGAAUGAAAUGGCCAACGGCGCAUAUAGUUAG